UUCAUGUUGACAAGUGUUGGGGAUUUUAUCGCUGACUUAAUUGCAUGUUUAUUAGCCAAAUUAGCAUACAAUCUUACAAUACAGUCAGUUAUGUAUGUUUAUGUUGAACAUAUAAAUAGAAUAAGAAAUAGAUGAUUAUUCCUGACUACUCACUCAGUGACUACUCUCAUGGCAAAGGACAGAUUAAGUCUGGCUUCUAUGUAUCAUUUGAAGACAUACUGGAUGGAUGUUUAAGCCUAUAGGAGACUGUUUUGUAUCAUAGUUUGCUGGAAAGAGUCUCCAGGCAAGGUAUAAAAAAAGACACUAAACAAGAUGGCUUCUCCACUAGUGAAUGGGGGACCUCUAACCCCAGACAUAGUGGAGGUGAUGAGGCUGUUGGAAAUGGGACUCGUUACGUCAAUUUUCUUCUAUCGAAAGCGGCCAGAGAGGAGAACUUUAAAAAUAAAACUGGAAAGCAGGCAGCUGAUGUGGGUUAAAGGCCAAACUAGUCGCCCAGAAGGGAUAGCCAACCUUCGUGAUGUUAAAGAGAUACGAUGUGGUAAAAACUCCAAGGACUUUGAAAAAUGGCCAGAUGAAGCAAAGAAAGCUGACUCGCGUAUUAGUUUUAUUGUGUUUUAUGGCAAUGACUUCAAACUUAAAUCUCUAUCUGUUGUGGCCAAUGAUUAUGAUGAAUUCAACUACUGGAGAAAAGGACUGGAAUAUCUUGUACGAGAAACAAAGGAAGCUUGCCACCAGUUACAGCUGGAGAGAUGGUUGCGUAAAGAAUUCUACCUCAUGGAAAAAAUUGGAUCCUAUGUAGUGACACUAAAAAAUUUAAAAGCUUGGUUGCCUCGAAUUAACUUCAAGAUGUCCACUAAUAAACUCAGAGAACGCUUUCAGGAGUUUGACACUGAUGGCAGAGGGGAGAUAAACUAUGAGCAGUUUGCUGCACUAUAUCAUAAAUUGAUUCAUGUAUCAUCAAUGAUAGAUGAUAACCUCAGCAAGUAUUUUGAAGUAGUUGGAGAUGAAAAGAGGAUGAAAAUUGAUAGUUUUCAACAAUUUUUAUUAGAAGAUCAAAAGGAAGUGAGGGCCUCAGAGUUAGGCUACGUCAGGCGACUGAUGCUAGAGUUCCUGGAUGACCAAGUGAGAGCAGCAGGAGGGUUGUUCUUCACUCAGCAGGAGUUUGAAGAGUUCCUGUUCUCCCAGCAUAAUCCCUUGUUUGAUUCAAAGUAUGAGGCCAUCACUCAGGACAUGAAUCAACCUUUGACCUCGUAUUGGAUAGCCUCUUCACAUAAUACCUACCUCACAGGUGACCAACUGUACAGCAGCUCCUCACCUGAGGCGUAUGCCAGAGCUCUGAGAAUGGGAUGCAGAUGCCUAGAGUUGGAUUGUUGGGAUGGCCCAGAUGGCUACCCUAACAUCUACCAUGGUCACACACUUACAUCAAAGAUUAAGUUCUUAGAUGUGCUCAAAACCAUCAAUGAACAUGCAUGGGUAACUUCAGAGUACCCUCUUAUACUUUCUAUUGAGAACCACUGUAACUUGAGUCAACAGAGAAAUAUGGCAAUUGCAUUUAGAGAAACAUUUGGUGAUAAACUUCUAGUAGAACCACUUCAAAAAGAUGCUGCGAUGAUGCCUUCACCGAAUGAACUAAAAUACAAAAUCAUCCUCAAGCAUAAGAAACUUCCAGAAUGGGUAGACGGCAAUGAGUGGCGCUAUGCUGUGUCCUCAGAAGAUAGUGGAACUAUGGAAGUUGACCUGAGUUCUUCUGUAAAAAAUGGCAUCCUGUACUUAGAAGAUCAGGUGGAAAAUACUUGGCACCCACAUUUCUUUGUGUUGACUGGCAGCAAGCUGUACUACGCUGAGGAGACCCCCACACAAGACCAGGAUGAGGAAAUGGAUGAUGAAGACACAGCCUCUAUAGAGGGCCGGCCAGUGGAUGAGCUUCACUUCAGUGAGAAGUGGUUUCAUGGCCGCUUGGAGGGGGGCAGGAAAAGAGCCGAGGAUUUAUUGCGCCAGUACAGUUACCUUGGCGACGGGACGUUUCUGGUCAGGGAGAGUGACACGUUUGUGGGGGAUUUCUCUUUGUCGUUUUGGAGACAGGGGAGGGUGAACCACUGUCGCAUCAAGUCGCGCCAGGAGAGGGGGCAGGUCAAGUACUACCUGAUUGACGCCGUCACGUUUGACAGCCUCUACCACCUGAUCAUGCACUACAGGCAGUUCCCCCUGCGCAGCUCCGACUUCACACAGGUGCUGAGGGAGCCUGUCCCACAGCCACAGAGCCAUGAGGGCAAACAGUGGUAUCAUGAAGGGAUGACACGUUCAGCAGCUGAGGACUUGCUGAAAAGGAUUCCUCAUGAUGGGGCUUUUCUUGUGAGGCAUGGAGGAGAGGACCAGUACCUUUAUGCCAUUUCCUUCAGGGCUGAGGGCAAAAUCAAACACUGCCGCAUCAAGCUGGAAGGCCGACUGUUUCUAAUAGGCAACGCACAGUUUGAGUCUCUGGUGGAGCUGGUUCAGUACUACGAGCAAACACCUCUGUACAAGAAGAUGAAGCUCAAACACCCAGUGAACCAACAGGUUGUGGCCAGGCUUAACCAGGCUCCGGAUGAUACUGGAAUCUAUGGAACUCCAGAUCUUUAUAUUAACCCUAAUGAUUUCACCACCAAGCCACCUGAUGAAAGUGGUGCUGGCAUUUACGACUCGGGUGUGUACCAUGUGCCCAAUGAUUUUGUCACAAAGAACCCUCCCAGCCUCAGUGGCUCUUUCAAAAAGAAACUUAUUUUAAGUACCCGUCGCAAAAGUCUCAGAGUUAAGGCCCUUCAUGACUAUAGUGCUAACCGCAGUGAUGAACUCUCCUUUUGUAAAGAUGCUAUAAUAACAAAUGUCACCAAACAAGAUGGAGGAUGGUGGCGUGGGGAUUACGGGUCAAAGAAACAGCUUUGGUUUCCAUCUAACUAUGUGGAGGAAAUGAACACCCUGUCAGAGAACUCGUCAGAGUCUACACCCCUGGGUGUCCUGCAGCAGGGGUCAAUAGACGUGCAGGGAUGUCUCAUAGAUAUGCUGCCCGCAAGAGCUGGAAGGUUCAUGUUUCGUAUAGCCCCCCACAACACUAGUCCACCCAUUGAAAUAGCUGUUGACUCUGAAGAAGAAAUGAAAGACUGGAUAGAGAAAAUAUCUGUGUCCUCAUCAACAGCCAUUAUGAGGACCUCGGAACAAAAGUUGUUGGAGAGGACGAUGAGAAUAGCCAGAGAGUUUUCUGAUCUGAUUGUUUACUGUAGAGCUGUACCCUUUAACCCUGAAGAAAUUCCUGGCCCGUACUAUGAAAUGUCUUCAUUCCCAGAAACCAAGGUUGAGAAAUGGGUUAACAAACAGAGAGCCAAACAAUUUAUUGCCUAUCACAGGAAGCAGCUGAGUCGAGUGUAUCCCAAAGGUCAAAGGGUAGACUCUUCGAACUAUGACCCUGUUCCCAUCUGGAACUGCGGGUCACAGCUGCUGGCCUUGAACUACCAGACACCUGAUAGGGCCAUGCAGCUCAACCAAGGGCGCUUCCUCAUGAAUGGCAGAUGUGGCUAUGUCCUCCAGCCUGAUGUAAUGAGAAGUGACCUGUACAGUCCUUUUGAGAAGAAAUUUUUGACCGCCCUCAAUGUUGAACCUCUGACACUUUCCAUCAGUAUUAUAGGAGCUCGGCAUCUAGUGAAACAAGGCCGGGGUAUUGCUAGUCCUUAUGUGGAGAUUGAGAUAGCUGGCAUUGAAUGCGACAAUCAAAAGUACAAAACUACCCCUCAUGUGGACAAUGGUCUAAACCCAGUCUGGACGGACUCGUGUGUGUUUGACAUCAUGUGCCCAGAGCUGGCUCUCAUCAGGUUUGCUGUCAUGGACGAGGACAUGUUUGGUGACCCAAAUUUUCUUGGUCAGGCCACAUACCCUGUCCAGUGCAUCAAACAAGGCUACAGGUCUAUACAACUGUGUAAUGGCUACACAGAGAAGUUGGAGCUGGCUUCAUUGUUGGUGCACGUGGACAUGAGAAAUCCUAAGGAAGGGGAAGAGAGUGACAUCUAUGCCAGCAUUCAGGAGCUGAGGGAGGAGUCGGACAAGCUGACGGCGGAGCUGGAGAGUCUGGAGAUCAGGGGUGACAGGGAGCACGCCAUUGUGCUGAAACGUGAGCUGCAGCAGACGCAGGAGAGGCUGCUGGCCAAGCGCCAAGAGAGACAACUGAGGAAGGCCUGCUCAAGGCAUCAAGUCAAGUACAUCAGACAGUCCAACACAUAAUCCCCAACUAGAACACUACAAUUCUUAGAACACAGGCCAUAACUGUUUCAUGUUGAUUGUCUAGAAACUUUAUAAAAAAUGUUAAAUAGUUAUGAAUGGAAAGUUAUGGAAUGUUAUGUAUGUUGCUGUUAUACUGACCCCUAAAUGGAUUCUUUUGUUGCUUUUUUGUUAUAUAUAAUUAAGGUAUAAGAUAGUAGUAAUGUAAUUUAGAGUACUGUUAUCAGUUUAUAUUGAAUCUUGUAAAAAAGGAGUUAGCUAAUUAAAUAUAGCUUGGUUCACUAUUACAGAGAAUACUUUAUUAAGGUGUAUUUACCAAAAAGUAUUAAUGGUUUAAUAAAUGGCAAUAUUUCCAUGUGAACCAUUAGUUUAUUCAACAAUGUUAUUUGUAGUUUCAGUAAAAAAAAAAUUAAUUUUUUUUACUAACUUGUAAAUUGCUAGCUUUGAAUUAUAGAAAAAACCAUUCUCCUAUUGCUGUGUAGAAAUUUUUUUUAGAUAAACAAAAGCAAGGCUUAACAUUAUCCCAUUUUAGUUUAUCUUUUGCAAUUAUUUUUUGGAGGUAUUAUUUAUAUCGUGAUCUUACAACAUUAUUUACAAACAAAUUGAUUUUGUGUUAUUUUUCAAAUAGUAUUCAAAAGUUGCAAGUGUUUUGCUAAUGGUUACUGCUUUACAUAUAUACACUCACACUAGGGUGAUGUUUAUUUAUAUUUGUUGAUGUGUUUCUCAAAUUUUUUUCCCUAAAUUUACGUAUUUUAGUUGUUUUUUUUCUCUAUUAGUUUUUAAAAUUAGUUUUGUGAGUUUUGUUUUUUUUAGAUUUCAUUUUUCAGCCAAAAGUGGUCAUUAAAAUAGGUGGGUUUAAGUAAGUGUUUUUCUAACUUUAUUUUUUUAAUUAUUUUUAUUGUUACCGAAUUGUUUCUUUAAACUCAUCAGGUUUAACUGAUU